GUCACUGUCAUACAAAGCCUAAUAAUACUCGGGUAUUAGCGAACUUUGUAUUUCAUUCCUCCAAAUUUUCAAUUCAUGAAGAAGUUGGCCAUACUUGAUAUGGGUGGGGAUACAUCAGCUAGCUCAGUUUCGGGCUCACAUUUGGGCUCAGGAUCUCCGAAUAUUACACCCGAUGCCUACCAUCCAAAGAGAGCAAAGCACUACAGUGAAGACUUCAAACACAGAAUCACACAGUUGAAGGCACAAUUGCACGAGAUAAUAUCGAAAAUUUUGAAUGGUGACCAAGUGAAUGAUCUGUAUGCUCUUAUAUAUCGAGAUGUUGAACAUCUCUGCAUAGCUAAGCAUUCAGAACAGGCUCUGCUAUCUGAAUUCAUCUUUCACGAGAUUGACAAAGCUCUUUCGACGGGAAUUUUACCUCGAUUAUCCGGGUGUCUUCAAAAUUCGGCCGAUAACUCUAUGGUAGAUACUGCCAAAUCAUUUCUCAAAAUAUACAGUGAUUGGGAUAGAAGUUUGAUGUUACUUCUGCAAUUAUUUCUCUUCUUGGAUAGAUCCUACCUCCUUCACCAUCCAAGACACCUAUGCAUCAGAGAGUACGGGAUCCGCAAAUUUGUAGAUCGUCUGAUGAUACACAGCUCAUCGGAAGAUGUGUAUCAAAAAUCGAACGACCCAGUUUGUACUUUAGUAUCUCUGCUCUUGGCUGAAACGAGAAAAGACCGCUCAAACUAUAGCUUAUUUGAACUCACUACAAAUCUCAUCACCACGUUGGGACAGAUGGAUCCUGAUAACAAUUUAAACGUGAACACAUCUUUGGAGUCGAUAAUGAUAAAGGACUAUACUAAAUUGCUGAAACUUUGGAUGAAGAAUAAAACAAACUACGUUCUCGAGCUCCUACGAAAUAUGAAUGACGAUGGUAUUUUGCUCAUGAGAGCCUCAAAGUCCCCUGUUCUCGUGAACAGAAUAAAUUCGAAAUUAAAGUGGAAGUUUUUACUUUCAGAGCUUAGUCUCUUCUUGGAACCUUCACUUCCAGCUUUGACUCAACCACAGAAUCUACAUUAUCUUGAAGCAGUGAGAUGCUUUUGCGACAAUUCAAUGACUGAUUACGGUGUUGACUCCACCAAGGUUCUUCUUGUAUUAUGGGGAAAGUACGUACAAUCGCGAUCGAAAAGCAUCGGUCUGGAAUCAGACGUUAUACCAAGCAUACUCGACCUAUGGGAUGAUCUAAUGCGUAUUUGCAAGAAGGGAUUUAAAUCAGAUUCCUUUGAGUUCGAAGUCCGAACAGCGUUGACAAAGAGUUUCGGAAAAAUGGAUUUGGCCACAACUAUAGCUCUUCAUCUUUCCAAAUAUUGCGACAGUGCAAUGAAGCAAGCAAGCAAGGCCGAGGAAACCUUUUCUGAACUAAAAGCUAACGUGAUUACCAUUUUCAAGCUUAUACCAGACAAGCUGGCUUUUUUAUUUGUUUACGAAAAGGACCUUUCGAAACGAAUUCUCAUGGCCAGAAAUUUUAGCUUCACGUUUGAGAAGCAGCUUGUAGAUGCAAUUGUCUCAGUGGUUGGGGAAAACGACGAGAAUUUCAAGAUGAGAGCCAUGCUUAGAGACUACUCAAAUUCCAAAUCUCUGUUUAGUCAUCUUCAUUUUCCUUCCGCACCUCAAAUGGACUUCAGUGCUCUUGUCCUUGAGAAGAAAGUAUGGCCGGAAAUCCCUGGUUUUGAAACUGAUAUUUGUCUCCCACACGCUCUUAAGCUGACGCUUACCGAAUUUGAAAGAACACAUUUAAAAAACGACGAAAACCACAAAGUGCUCGAUUGGAGAAACUAUACUUUACACCAGAUAACGUUGACUACAAGCUUUGCAUCAGAAACAAAAGAGCUACAGGUAAACUUACUGCAGGCCAUCAUCUUGAUGCUAUUUCAGGAAGUCAACACCGUGUCUUUUACAUACAUUCUUCACUCAACUAGAAUGGAUGAAAAGAUACUCAGGAGGGUAUUAGCAUCUUUGACUACAGACAAGUAUCCCAUCUUGAAGAUACAUGGCGACGUGAUCACGUUCAACGACGAUUUCAAGGACAAGUCUGGCAAAAUCAAACUUCCAAUGGGAAGAGAAAAAGAGUCCGUAGUGAUUGAAGGUACGAAGAAGCUCCUACAUCAAGGGCGCAGUUCAGAAACACGGUCAGCUCUUGUCAGAAUCAUGAAGAUGCAUAAAAGCUUGCCAUUCACACAGCUUUUAGGCAAAGUGAUCGAGGUUCUAACUCCUCGCGGCACGACGAAUAUCCAGGAAAUCAAGGCAGAGAUAGAGUACUUGAUUCUGACCGACUACAUUGCGCGAGAUGCCAUGGGCUCGACAUUGAGCUACAUUCCGUGAGUCGAUGUCAAAAGUGUUAUUUAGCAUAUAUUAUAUAAUGAUAAGAUACUUGAGGUAGUACAAUUAGAUAGGGACAUCCUCUGGGUCUGGGUUGUACUCCCAGUGGGAACCAAAGUAUGGGAUUUUGGUGUAGAAAGUGUUCUUGAACAAUGGGACACCGUCAGUGAAAGUAGCAACAGCAGCGGCACCACCGACACCCCA